UAUUCUGGGAAAGCAGUACUUGUUUUAUUAUCUUGUGAUUCAUUGGGCGAGUUCAUCAGCUUGGCUAUAAAAAUAUCUGACACCAAACAAAGUUUAUUUGCAAAUAAAAGGCACUGCUUAUCACAGCUGCAACAGUAACUGGGAAUGAACACAAGAUCACACAACAGGGACCGGUAAAUUGGAUUAUAAUUGUCCUGCUUGUUUGAGUUUGUCGUUAGUCCACACCUGUACCAGGAUUUGUGUUUGGGAAUAUAUUUUUCAUAGCUGAGUUUCCCUUUAGAGGUGAAGUACAUCAAUCGGAUUGGUUUUCUGAGAGAAAGAGGGAGAGGUACUACUUUUAAAUAAAUAAUCAGUCGGUGGCGGAAGGCAACAGAUACUAUACAGUAUAAAGCCACAGUGAAAUCCCACUUCUGACACCGAGUUCAUCCCGCAACUGCCACCAUGGUGUUCCUGAGGGUUCGACUGCACCGGGUGGACGAUAUAGACCUCCCAGACAAACAGGAUGCCAGUGAUUGUAAUGUUGUGGUUCACAUCAAAGAAAAAGUUACCAAUGCACAAGGGGGCAGCAAUCUGAUGAUUACGCGCAAGCUGACCCCGCUCUGGGGCAAGUGUUUCGACUCCCAUCUGUACGAGGGCCGCAUCAUUCACAUCAUCAUCCAGAACAACAGCAAAAUGGUGGCAGACACGGAGAUGAAAGUCAUGGACAUGGCCGCUAUGUGUGGCACCAAUGGCGAUGUUCUGACCACCAACUUGACUUUGAAACCUACAGGCAUCCUUCAUGCACAGCUCAAGUGCUUCUCAGAGUCGCAAGACGACCCCAACCAGGCCAGCAUGAUCAAGCCGGCCCCAGUCCUGGAGCUAGACGACAACGACAAGACAGGUUCUGGCGCCCUCACGAGGCGACGUGGUGCCAUGCGGCAGGCUAAAGUCCACGAGCACCUGGGCCACAAGUUCCUAGCGCACUACUUCCGCACCCCAACCUACUGCUCCUUCUGUAAUGAGUUCAUAUGGGGUGUGAUGGGGAAACAGGGCUACAAAUGCAAAGAAUGUCAGUUGGCAGUGCAUAAACGUUGCUACAACCGAGUCUUGGGCAAGUGUCCUGGUGCUGGCACUGAAACAAUGGAUACAAAGAUUUUGAGGGAGCGCUUCAAAAUUGACAUGCCCCAUCGCUUCAAGGUAUUCUCAUACAAGAGCCCCACGUUCUGCGACCACUGUGGCACCCUGUUGUAUGGCCUCUUCAGACAAGGGGUCAAAUGUGAAGACUGUAAUGUGAACGUCCAUCACAAGUGCAAGAAGCACGCUCCCAACCUGUGUGGUAUCAAUCAGAAGCUGAUGUCUGCUGCCAUCAAAGAAGUGGAGGACAAGAAACGCUUAGCUGCCAAGGGUGCUGCAGUGAAGACAGAGGCAUUUGAAGAUGAUGACGAUGAUGAUGAGGCGAUUUAUGAGCCGCUGUGGCAGGCUCUCGCCCCGCCCGACAAGCAAGACAAGGCCCCGCCCCCACCUCCCAAGCUGUACAAGAUUGAGGAUUUCUCCCUGGUCAAAGUCCUGGGCAAAGGAAGCUUUGGAAAGGUCAUGCUAGCUCAGUGUAAAGGCACUGACAAGUACUAUGCCAUCAAAGCGCUCAAGAAGGAUGUCGUCUUGGAGGAUGAUGAUGUGGAGUGUACUAUGGUGGAGAGACAUGUCCUGGGUCUGGCCUGGCAACAUCCCUUCCUGACCCACCUGUUCUGCACCUUCCAAAGCAAGGGUCAUCUAUUCUUCGUGAUGGAGUAUCUGAACGGCGGUGAUCUCAUGUUCCACAUCCAAUCAUCACUCAGAUUUGAAGAGAGAAGAGCAAGAUUCUAUGCUGCAGAGAUCAUCUGUGGUUUGCAGUUCCUCCAUCGUCGCGGCAUCAUCUAUCGUGAUCUCAAGCUGGAUAACGUCCUGCUGGACUUCGAGGGCCACAUCAAGAUUGCAGACUUUGGUAUGUGCAAACAGAACAUCAUCAAUGAGAACAAGGCAUCGACGUUCUGCGGAACUCCCGACUACAUCGCGCCAGAGAUCCUGAACAGCCAGAAGUACAAUUCCUCGGUGGACUGGUGGUCGUUCGGCGUGCUGCUGUACGAGAUGCUGAUUGGUCAGUCUCCUUUCCAUGGCGACGACGAGGAGCUGCUAUUUGACUCCAUCCUCCAUGACACCCCCCACUACCCACGCUGGCUGUCCACUGAAGCCAAGUCGUGUGUCUCAAGUCUGCUCGUACGCGACCCCAGCCAGCGGAUAGGAAUCAAGAGUGAAAUCCGCAACCACGAUUUCUUCAAGUCUGUCAACUUCGAGAAGCUGGAGAGAAGAGAGAUCCCUCCUCCAUUCAAGCCCAAGAUUAAAUCUGCCUCUGAUUCCAGUAACUUUGACCCCGAGUUCACCAUGGAGAAGGUGGCCCUGUCAAUGGUUGACCGACAGGUCCUCGAGACCAUCAACCAAAAUCAAUUCCGCGGCUUCUCCUUCACCAACCCCAUGAUGGAGCAGUAGUUUAAACGGCUGGACAGGAGACUAAACUCAUUCAACAAAGCAACAGACAAUGGGAGGCUGGAAGCGAGUCUAACCAACAAUGAUCAUGUGUAGCUAUAGUGUGAGUCUAACCAACGAAUUUACAUACUUUUUAGCAUUCAAGUGAUGUUAGACUAGAAGGUGGCUGGAACACAGUCUAACAGUGGUAGAAAGUAGCCCGACUGUUGUCGUAUUAAUAUUUCAUUUGUACAGUUUCAAGACAAAUUUAACACAGUGUUGUAUAAUGGUAUAUUUAUGUUGUAUAAAUCCGGCAUUUGUUGAAGAGCUGUUUAUACUUUUAGUUUCACUUCUUGGUUUGGGGUUUUUUUUCUCCUUUUUUUUUUUGGAUUACACAGACUGAUCGUGAUAAUUUUUGGAUUAAUCUUGAGAGCAAACAGUUAAAGAACAAAAAUUUCCAAUGUAGAAAGUAGACUUCCUCUUUUAAACCCUCCUAACUCGUGCAUUUUAAAAAGCAUGUAUUGUCUUGGAUGAUGAUGAUGUCAAAAGUCUAUCAUGCUUAGGAUAUGUAAUUGAGCCCCGGUUCUUCCAGACGCAGUCUUCGACAUUUCAAAAGGGUUGUUUUUUCCAGAGUGACUCUUUUCCAUUUUAAACGCUAAAUACCAGAGUGUAAUCGUGAUGGGAGACGUGUUGCACAUUCCAUGAGGAUGACAAUGCAAUCAGAAGAUUGUUCGGUAUAAACAGUGUUCGUUGUAGCAGCAUUCGAUUGUAAAAUGAAAUAGUCGGAACCACAUUUCGUUAGGCAGCGUUGCUGGCACUGGCAAUGCAUUGCAAAAAAUGCAAUCAAAUAUAGCAUUUCAUAUUCUCUCAUGUGAUUGUGUAUAAAAAAAUAUGGAUCAGUAAAUCACACAUGUAGCGCUGAUUAAUUAUGUUUUUAACGUUGUUUCCAACUUGAUUGCAUUUGGGUGGUUUGACAGUCACGAUUCCAAACGUUGCUCACGAGUAUUUGUUAAUCUUUAAUAUUUUAUCUUUCCUCAUGUAUGUACUUAUAGUUUAUCAUUUGUUAAUAUGUGUGUAUAUAUUUUACCCAGUAUUACAGUUACGUUGCAAAUAUAUAUUUUGUAUUUCUGGUAAGCUUAUUCUCUCUGCCUCACACAUGUUGUUCUUGCACAACAUAGUAUCUGACAAUUGUUGCUGUGUAAUGUGUUCUUGCACAACAUAGUAUCUGACGAUUGUUGCAGUGUAACGUGUUAAAAGCAAGGUUUGUUGUUUUUUUGCUUUGAAAAAAUGCUUGUCAAGGAAAAGCAGAUACACUCUGCAUCAUUAGCACUUAUUUGAAUGUUUGCUUUGGAUUUUAAAUUCCAUACAAAAAGUUUCAUUUGCAUUCCUUGGCCGAGUUGGGGUGCAUAUAAACCCCCGUAGGAAACAGAUCAUGUUCAUUCCAAUUUAUUACGUAUUGAAUCAUUCCCAGCUGAUCAACAGUAUACAAAUAAUGAAUGUUUAUGUGUGCAAUGGUAAGAAUAAUUUUAUCAGGUGACAGAUGGAAUGUUCAACAAGCGCGAAUCUCUAGUUGUACAUAUUUUUUGUCAAUUGUUUUUUUCACUGAGCUCUAGUGAACCAUUUGAUUGGACCAUCAGACGACCUGGCUAUUGUUCACAGUUGCAAGUAUAUA